AUGGGCCGCGUGGCAGACGCGGCCCGUCUGCCUCCCGUCCUCGGCUUCAUUGUCGCUGGCUUCUGCUCAAGACCCAUCACCGACUCCAUCACUGCGUCCGCCGCACCCUACAUACAGACGCUCGCUUUCCUCGUCGUCCUUGUCCGCGCCGGUCUUGAAAUCGAGCUCACUGACCUGAAUCGCGUCACGGUGCCGCUCGGCCUGCUGCCGGUGCUUGCAGAUGGAUCAGCAAUCAUGGCGACUGCGAUGUACUCGCUCGGCUUCUCGCUCACCGAAGCCGGGGCGCUCGCCUUCAUCCUCGCGUCCCUGGGUGACGGGCUUGUGAUCCCGCUCAUGCUCGAGCUCAAGCCACUCAGGCUGGGCCCGAUGCCGCGCCUCAUGUUCACCGCAGCACCGCUCGAGGCUUGCACGGCGCUCUUUACCUUUGGCGUCUUUGAAGGCUUCGCAGCCGCCGGCGCGAACGACCAGCCGGCGUGGUCCGUCAUCUUGCUCGGCGUCGUCGUCAAAUUUGUCGCGACGCUCGUCGUUGCGCUGGGUCUCGCUGGAGCCUUUGUCUUUCUCGUCGAGGAGAGGCCCCGCUUCACGGUUUGUGGCCAACCCUUCUUCACGGGGCAGCCACAGGAGGAGCUUCUAUUCGUGUGUGCCGCCGCACUUCUCGCCUACGGCCUCGCUGAUGACGAGUUUAUCGUAAUGUCCAACGGUUACGGCGGAUCACUCCUGCACAAGGACCUCGCAGUCGUGGGGGUGGCCGUGUUCUACGCUGCCCUUCGCCCGUCCAGCGUCCACAGCCUCGAGCACAUGUUCGCCUCAAUUUGGACGUUUGGCGCCCUCUUCCUAUUCAUCCAUCUCGGCGCGCGCAUUGAGCUCGGCUCGUUUCUGCGCCUGCCGUCUGUUUUGCCGCUGCUGCUUGCAGGGUUGGCUGCCCGCGCUGUCGCCUAUGCAGCCGUGCUGCUCGCGACCCUGCCCUCGCGCUUGCAGCACGACCGUCACGCCUGCCACAACCUCGUCUACGAGUGGGGAUUCGCCCUCGUCGCCUCCCUCCCCCGGGCCACCAUCCAAGGUGCCCUCGCAGCCAUCCCGGCAAACAUGGGCCUCUUCAGCCACGAGAAAAAUGAGUUUAUGCGCGAGGCGGGCGUGCUGUGCAUCGCGAUCAUGGCGCCCGCUGGGGUCGUGCUCCAGAAGGUACUCGCGGAGCCGCUGCUGCGCAGGUGCAGGUACGACGAGGACGAGGCCAACGAGGACCCGCAGGCGUAUGUUCCAAAUGUGAGCCGCCGCGUCUCGCAAGAGUACGGGCGGCCGAAGCGCUUCGAGAAGGAGUGGGAGCACGCAGCGCGGCAGGAGAUGCCAGCACUCGAGGUGUCGGCGAGCACGAUCCACCGCAUCCACAGGGAUGGCGAGGCCGCAGAUCCGAUCCGCCGCCGCCCAGUGAUACACCGCCAGCACGUCUUUGCGCAGACCGCGCCCGUGCUCGACGAGGGGGGUUCGCCAUCGGGCCGGGGCGACGUACCGGCCCUCCGUGGAGAGCUUCUUCGGACGGUAUCCGAGGGUGCCUACUCGGAGGGUCGUCACGAUGACUUUGGCGACAUGUUUCUCAUCGACCGGAGAAACCGGCCGGCGAUGAGGCAGCCCCUCAAAACGGUGUCCGGGCCUCCAGCGCUGUGA